CUCUAAAAACCGUGCAAGAGCCGGGGCAGCUCGGAGGCAGAGCGGAGUUCCGGUAUGUUCACGGAAAAAGCUCUGACAAGUGUAGCUGCUUCCGCCUUUAGCCGCCUCAGCUGAUAAACAGAAAUGACAGCAACCCUGCGCCCAUAUCUCAACGCGGUGCGUGCCACUCUGCAGGCCGCCCUCUGUCUGGAGAAUUUCUCCUCACAAGUGGUGGAGAGACACAACAAGCCAGAGGUGGAAGUGCGGAGUAGUAAAGAGCUGCUCCUCCAGCCUGUGAUCAUCAGCCGUAAUGACAAGGAGAAGGUUCUGAUUGAGGGCUCCAUCAACUCCGUCAGAGUCAGCAUCGCUGUCAAGCAGGCAGAUGAGAUUGAGAAGAUUCUGUGCCAUAAAUUCAUGCGUUUCAUGAUGAUGAGAGCAGAGAACUUCUUCAUCCUGAGGAGGAAACCGGUGGAGGGCUAUGACAUCAGUUUUCUCAUCACCAACUUCCACACAGAGCAGAUGUACAAACAUAAACUGGUGGACUUUGUCAUUCAUUUCAUGGAGGAAAUUGACAAAGAGAUCAGUGAAAUGAAGCUGUCUGUCAACGCCAGGGCUCGUAUUGUCGCUGAAGAGUUUCUCAAAAAUUUCUGAGAGAGGGGAUUACAUUCCUUUUGCAAUCUUGGCCAUCACUGUGGAGCGUGCACAUCACAGGACAGAGAUGAGACAAAAUACCAUCUGCCAAGAGAAGUUAAAAAACAUAAGACGUACAGUAGAAAUGUACCGGCCAAUGGUGUUUUGCCCUUUAACCUUAAAAUGCCCCUGUGCUCAAAAAUAUUGACGUUUGUACAUAAUGAAUAUAUUCACACCAGACAUUAAUUUCUGCCUCUAAAAGAAUUCAGGGCAGGACCUUAAAAAACAGAUAUUUGUAAUCAGUAUUAAUGAGCACAGGGUAAUAUGGAAGUUUUUCAGAUAAUAUAUAUAUAUAUAUAAAAUAUAUAUUAUAAAAAAAUAAUUUCAUUUUGCUAUGUUUUGUUACGACAGACCUUAAACCAUGAAAGGCAAUCAGCCAGUACAUGUUUCUUGAUUUAUUACAGAGUAGACCCUGUUGUAGAUGGAUAAGUAAAAUAAAUAUACUUGCUGGAAGUGAAGAUAAAUAAAAACAUUAUCCUUUGUAUUUUAGUGAUUUUUUUUUUUUUUUUUUUUUAAAUCUGUUGUCAUUUUAUGAAGUUAUGAAGCAAAACCAGAAGCUCUGUCCUUCCCCAAAACAUUGAAGGUUUAUUAAGAUUUUGACAGCUGAGGACAAACAAGGCAUUUGGAAUGAUAUUUUCAGUACAGUUAUAUACAAUAUCAAAUGUAUAAUAUUACAGAAAUUGUACAGAGUUCUCAAAAGAUUCACAUACUGUAUAAUACAUCUUGAUUUUCACACACAACUUACAUCAAACAAACAAGCGUGUACAGUUUGCACAGUACCUUAUUUUAUACUCUUAAAUAAAACCAGAUACUCAUUUGAAUGAUAAAAUCA